AGAAUAUACACUUUCCGCUUCACGUUUACAAAUUGAUUUGUUCGGGUAUCACGAAAACACCUGUAAAUUCUCGGUUGUGGAUUCUGGACUAUUCUAUACUCAAUUAUCCUUCAUAGAACUCCAGGCGUUUGGUAGGUAGGGCUACGCUGCAACAGGGAACAGAAUGGGUGCUGUCGUCGAUGUUCGCUCUUCGAAAGACCUACAAGCGGCUAUUGCGAACGACAAACCGAUUGUCCUACACUUCUGGGCCCGUUGGUGCGAGCCAUGCUCACACAUGGACAGUGUGCUGACGCAGCUAGCAUCCGACCUGCCCGGCAUUACAUGCGCGAGGGUGGAGGCUGAGGUUGUGGACGAGCUCACAGUCAAGUUCGAUGUUACAACGGUGCCGUACUUUGUCUUUUUGCGGUCCGGCGAGGUGUCAGACCGGCUAGAGGGCGCCGACCCACCCGCCCUCACCGCCAAGGCGACCGCACUGGCGCGAACCGGCGCAGCCACCUCUACCAGCACACCCCCCGCACCCGCACCACCACCACCACCAGCGGUAACAGCAGCAACGGGUGGUGCAGCACCAGCAGCAGCACCAGCCCCUGCAGCAGACCCCGGGUCGUCUGCCGCCGUGUUCGGCCGCAUCAAGUACCUGCUGUCCAGCUGGCCGGUGGUGGUGUUCAUGAAGGGGGUCGCGGAGGCGCCCCGCUGCGGCUUCAGCGGGCGGGUGGUGGAGGCGCUGCGGAAGCUGGGGGUGGCGUUCAAGAGUGUGGACAUCCUGCAGGACGAGGCGAUCCGGCAAGGGCUCAAGGAGUACAGCAACUGGCCGACAUACCCGCAGUUGUACGUCAAGGGCGAGUUGGUUGGCGGUUGCGACAUCGUGACUGAGAUGGCGGCCAGCGGCGAGCUGGAGGCGCUGCUGAGGGAGAAGCUGGGAGCGGACUUCCGAGGGGUGGCGGCGGCGGCGGUGGCGGGGGCAGCGGGGACAGCACCACCUCCCCCCACCUCCACCUCCGCCCCGCCUCCUCCCGCCGCCACCACCACCAACCCCGCCGCCGCCGCCGCCCCGGAGUCCUCCGAGGCAGUCCGCGAGCGCAUCCGCUCGCUGCUGGGCGGUCCGCAGCCCGUGAUGCUGUUCAUGAAGGGCACCCCGGACGCCCCCCGCUGCGGCUUCAGCAGGCGGGUGGUGGAGGCGCUCAAGGCGGAGGGUGUGGAGUUUGGCAGCUUCGACAUCCUGCAGGACGAGGCGAUCCGGCAGGGGCUCAAGGAGUACAGCAACUGGCCGACAUACCCGCAGCUGUACGUGCGCGGCGAGCUGGUGGGCGGGUGCGACAUCGUGACGGAGAUGCGGGCUGCCGGGGAGCUGGGCAGCUCCAUCAACGAGAUGCUGCACCGCAUGGAUGUGGCGUGAGGGGGC